CUAGUGGAAGAAAAUGUUUGGGCUUUCAGAAAACCCAAAGAAUUCAGAACAGCAGCGUUAGUCAUAAACUUAUAGCCUAUAAAGGAGAUGGAAACCGAGGAAUUAACGAAUUAACGCAAAUUUGGGGUUUAAGCUUAGAAAUUGGAAAAAUUUAA